AUGGCCAACCCGCUUGAUACCGAUGCUGGCUCCGAGCUCUUCAGCAACUAUGAAGCCGAGCUGAAGCUCGUUCAGGCCGACUUGAAUCAGAAACUCGACCAGCUGCCUGAACUCGCAGGCGAAGAGCGCAAGGCCGCCAUUGGCCGCGCUCAGCGUUCGCUGGAAGAGGCCACUGAGAUCUUGGACUCGAUGCGAUUGGAGAAAGAAAACCUGCCUGCAAACCAAAAGACCAAGACGAACCAGCGCUUCCGCAACUACACCCACGACAUCGACAUGGCCAAACAGAAACUCAAGGGCUUGUCGAGCGAUAAGUCUGCGCUCUUUGGAAGACGCUACACCGACAACCCUACCAGCGACGACCAGCUCGAGCAAAGACAACAACUCUUGUCAGGCACCGACAGACUUGAUCGUUCUAGUGGUCGCCUACGCGAGAGUCAGCGCAUCGCUCUUGAGACAGAAGACAUCGGUCGCAACACUCUUGCCGACUUGGCUAGACAACGAGAGGUCAUCGAACACACCAGGGGAACCCUUCUUGAGGGUGAGGGUUACACCGAUAGAAGCAACAAGACAUUGAAGCAGAUGGCUCGUAGAAUGGCUACUAAUAAAAUAAUCACCAUCGCCAUCAUUACCGUUCUGGUUCUCUUGAUUCUUGCUGUUAUUAUCAGCAAGUUCAGAUAG